AUGUUCCUCCUCACUGUAUCUGUAUCCAUCGUCCUGCUGCACAUCUUGUGCAAUAAGCCUGCUGCUAAAUGUAGUGCUGGUCAUCCUCUCUCUAUUAAGCACAGGCAAUACCAUUCAGGAGAUCUGAUCAUUGCUGGCAUUAUUUCUCAGAUCUACACCUUCUCUGAGCUGAUGACAUUUAGAAGACACCCUUCUGCAGAACCACUUGAUGAGCUCAAUUAUUUCAUGGCAAGCUGGACCUAUCUAGCUUCAAUGGUACUUAUCUCUACCCAUGACAGAUUCAUCACAAACUACAGAUGUGAUGACAAGGACAACACCGUUUCUGUUAUUGUGGGUCCUAACCCCCAGUUUUGUCAGUACGUGGCCAACAUUUUGAACCUCUACAAGGUCCCACAGCUCAUAUAUGGAUCUUCCCCUGUGGUGAAUAGCAAUGCCCAAGCUGCUUCACUCCACCAGAUGUUCCCAAAUGAGUACCAUCAAAAUGAGGGCAUUCUCCAUUUGCUCUUGAAUUUCAAGUGGACUUGGGUUGGCAUGGUUUAUAUAGGUAAUGACAGUGGUGAAAAAUUUGUACAUGACAUACUUCCCAUGUUCCAUCAGAAUGGUAUCUGCUUUGAUUUUAUAACAGAAUUACCCAGAGACUCUUCUUCCACAAAAAUUGAAAAUUUAGUGUUCAAGUUUUAUGAAAUGUAUUGGAUUAUUAUAAGAAGCACCUCUAAGGUUGUUAUCUUAUAUUGUGAAAAUCAAUGCAUAGUGGUUUUGAGAAUUGUCUUCCAUGGUGCAGAAUUUGAGGAGUUGCCAUCCAAGAGCUAUGUCUGGGUCAUGACAGCUCAGAUGGAAUUUACCACUAUUCCUUUUCAAAGAAAUAUUGGCAUAGACUCCUUCCACGGUGCAAUAUCUUUUGCAGUUUCUUCAAAUGAGGUCCCAGGAUUCCAGCAAUUCCUUCAGAACAUGAACCCUGCUUCAAAAAAUCAGGAGAGCUUGAUGAAGAUCUUUUGGGAACUGGUGUUUCAAUGUUCUUUCCCAAGCACUGACUCAAAUAAGGACACUGGAAACAUCUGCACUGGAGAGGAGAAAUUAGAAACUCUUCCUGGGUCUUUGUUCGAAAUGACCAUGACUGCUCAGAGCUACAGUGUCUACAAUGCUGUCUAUGCUGUGGCCCAUGCUUUGCAAGCUAUGCACUCAUACAAAGUUAAACACAGUGGAAUGCAAGAUGGGAGGGGACAGAUGCAGCAGCAGCUGUGGCAGCUCCACUACUAUUUGAGACGUGUUUCAUUUAACAAUACUUCUGGGGAAAAAGUUUCCUUUAAUCAAAAUGGAGAAAUAGAAACUGGUUUUGAUAUUAUCAACUGGGUCAUAUUCCCAAACCUGUCCAUUGUCAAAGUAAAAAUUGGAAAGGCUGAUCCUCAUGUUCCAGUUGAGAAAAGAUUAAGCAUUCCUGCAAGUGAUAUUACCUGGCCCAGAAUGUUCAACCAGGUACAGCCAAUUUCCAUGUGUAAUGAAAAGUGUGAAGAGGGCUAUAGUAAGAUUAAGGUGGAAGGGAUGCCAUUCUGUUGCUAUAAUUGCCUUCCAUGCCCAGAAGGAAAGAUUUCAAAUCAGCAAGAUAUGGAUGACUGUAUCGAAUGCCAGGAAGAUCAAUAUUCAAACAAUGCCAAAGACCUUUGCAUUCAGAAAAACAGAAGCUUCUUGAGUUAUGAAGAACCUUUGGGGAUUGCUUUGACCACUCUUGCAGUCUCCUCCUCUUUCAUUACCAUCUUGGUGCUUGCAGUCUUUCUUAAAUAUUCGGAUACCCCCAUCGUGAAAGCCAACAAUCGCAGUCUCAGCUAUUCUCUACUCAUUGCCCUCCUCCUCUCCUUCCUUUCCACUUUCCUUUUCAUGGGUGAACCUCAGAAGGUGACCUGUCUCCUUCGACAGACUGUUUUUGGGGUCAUCUUCUCGGUGGCUGUUUCUUGCAUUUUGGCCAAAACCACCAUUGUGGUUCUAGCUUUCCUGGCCACUCAACCAGGGUCUAGGAUGAGGAAAUGGAUAGGGAGAAGACUGGCCAGCUCCAUUGUCAUUUCCUCUUCCUUUAUUCAAACCAUUCUUUGUACGGUGUGGCUGGCAAUCUCUCCCCCAUUCCCAGAUUUUGACAAACACUCCGUGAUUAAAGAAAUUGUGCUGGAAUGUAAUGAAGGUUCAACCGUUCUGUUUUACUGUGUCCUGGGCUUYAUGGGGAUGCUAGCCCUCAUCAGCUUCACCGUGGCCUUCUUUGCCAGGAAGUUACCAGACAGUUUCAAYGAAGCWAAAUUUAUCACCUUCAGCAUGCUGCUCUUCUGUAGUGUUUGGYUAUGUUUUGUUCCAGCCUAUUUGAGCACCAAGGGAAAAUACACAGUGGCUGUGGAGAUCUUCUCCAUCUUAGCAUCYAGUCUUGGUUUACUGGGUUGCAUUUUUUCUCCAAAAUGUUUCAUUAUUUUGGUGCACCCUGCAUUAAACAAGCAAGGACAGCUGAUAGUACAGAAAAGAAAGUGA